ACGGUUGCGUACGUGAAGAGUCCACACUCAUUCGUAUCACCAAUAAGUCACGAGAAACGAAGUCAACGGUUAGCAAAAGUUCGUGAAUAAUAUCAUCCCAAAAAAUUGAUUAAUUAUGUCAGAUAUAAACUAUCUUCUAAGAAACUUCUUAGAAAUUAACUCCUCGGAAAUAGGAUCUGAAAAACGAAAUAGAUAUAGGAGGCUUUGUCAACUGGCUCAUUACAUCUCUGAUGAAACUCAUCGAAUUACGGCGUUGAAGGAUUUAAUAGAUAGUAUGAACGAUACAAGCAAAUAUCCAGAUUUGAAAGAUUUUUUAAAAUUCGCAUUAGAAAAUGACCAAUUGAAGGCGGUGAUAUUUCUGCGCGAGGAGAUGGAGCUGAAUAUUCACGAAGUAAAAUUUGAAGAUGGAAAGUCUGCGCUUCAUUAUUUGUCUGUAGGUAAAUACAACUUGACAGAAAACGCGUUCUAUUUUGGCCCUCAUCACAGAGAGUAUAGCAAGAGCGCAAAGUCCGUUAUUGAUUAUUUUCUAAAAAAUACGGUGGAAAAUUAUUGCGACGAGCAUGGCUUUACGUACUUUCACGGAGCCUGCUUGGUUGGCGAUCUCGAAACGGUGCAAAGAUUCGUAAGCGAAGGUGUAGACGUAAAUCUUAAAACGUACAGUAGCUCGCCGUUGCAAAUGGCCGCCGAUCGUCGGCACCCAGAGAUCGUACGAAUUUUAUUGAGUCACGGAGCCGAACCGAAUGGGAUCGAUCCGCAGAAGUCUACCGUACUUCACGGGCUCGCGCGACCCCGUGUAUGCGACUGCAGCGAUUGUACGCCCUCGACGGAUCCAGAUGCCGCCCCCACACCGGUCGACGUGAUCACAGAUUUGCUCGUUGCCAAAGGAGCGGAUAUCGAGGCUCGAGAUGUUCAAGGCUAUACUCCAUUGCAAUGGGCUGUGUCGCGAUUGGACUAUGACUUGGUGAAGGCGCUUUUGAAACAUGGCGCGUGUAUGGACACUUUGAGGGAGAAUAUACCGUUCAGCAUGAGUGAUUAUGAGCUGUUUCAAUUGGUACACUAUCCAAUCGUUUUAUUCAUCCCCGAGAUGAUACAAUUAUUGACGUCAAGUGGAUUCAGAAUGGACUUAAUUACUCGAUUUAGGUUUCUGAAAUUCUGGACGACAGUUCGAAGAAAAGAGAUCGAAGAUUUAAGUAGUCUUUAUGGCGGUGAGUCAUUUCAUUUUACAGAAAUCAUAAAAAAAGCAUGUAGAAUAGGAAUGCUACUAGUUCCCCUAAUCUUUCAUGAUGAAUGUGGAUUCUUUCUAAAACCAGAAGCUGUCAAUCACUUGCGCAAAGAACUUAAAAAACUUGAAAGAGAGGUACAUAGAAACGGAGAGAACGAUGAGAAUAAUAACGAGAAAGUAAAAAAAAAGGUAUUCGAAUUGACAAACAUUAUGGUGAAUAACGAUAUCUCGCUAUAUAAAAUUUGUCAAAUGAGUUAUAUCGAGGGUUAUUCGAUUUUCAAGAAAGUAAAGAAUUUGUCUCUACCGAUCGAUCGGAUUGACUGCAAGAUAACUCGGCACAGUGUACAAAAACACAUUGCAAACAUUUUAAUGAGGGCCCAACUCGAGUUGUUCAUGACUGAUCUAUUUAUGUCGGAUCAUUGUAAUUUGAAACUGCCCAUGGUUCCAUGCCGACUAAUUGCUGAAUUUAUGAGUGAUGAAGAUCUAAUUCAAUGGUGGGAGCAUAAAACUGAAAAUGACCUAAAACGACCGUUACUUGCGAAUGAAACAAACGAAAAUGAUCUCGUGUUACCAUUGCCUGCAGAAAAAACCAACGAAAAUGACCUAAAACGACCGAUACUUGCGAAUGAAACAAACGAAAAUGAUCUCGUGUUACCAUUGCCGGCAAAAAAAAAUCAAACGAAAAUGACCUAAAACAACCGUUACCUGCGAAUGAGACAAACGCCUCUGUAUCUGUGGCGCCUCGUCGCCGAAGACGACAAAGAGGCUCGAGACCCUAUCCUAGGAGGCCCUAUGCUAUGAGCUAUAGAAAUAAUUUGUAAAUACAUACAUAGCGAGCGCUAUGUAUAAAAUUAAAGCGUACAUAUAAAA